AUGUCGUUCCCAACGCUCGGCUCCUCCGUCGGGCUCGCGGCUCGCGCGCUGCCGCUCGCAUCCUCGUCGUCGGUGCGCACCUUCAGCACUUCGGUCGUCACGCUGAAAAAGUCAAACCGCGCCCGCGGAGCCACGCGCAAGUCGCCGCGCAACCAGGCGCUUUUCGCAGAGCUCUCCACCCGUCUUUCGGCGAGGCAGGGAGGAGUAUCGGCGGCAUCUGCCGGUGCCAAGGCGAGCAAGAAGGCGACGAGCAACCUCGAUGCUGCCGAGGGCGAGACGCUGCUCACGCUCGAGCAGGCGUGCGAGCAGCUCAAGGCGCACGGCGCCGCAUCGCGUCCGCUCAACGCUUUCGAGGUGCACAUCGUCACCUCGGUAUCCUCGCAUCAGACCAACGCUCUCCGAGGCCGCAUCGCAUAUCCAAGGGAUCCAAGGACAAAGCAGGAGCGUCUGCUCGUCUUUGCCGAAGAAGGAUCCGAGGCCGCCGAGGCCGUCAAGGAGGUCAUGGACAAGGAGGCCGCCUCGUCGUCCACAUCCACGGCCGAGCCACCGAUCAUCUUGGGCGGCUCCGAACUCAUUUCGCAGGUGCUCAACAACCGCGUCAGCGGCUUCACCAAAGUGCUGUGCACUAACACGCUGCUCCCCGAGGUCUCCAAGGGUCUCGCAAGGUCGUUGGGUCCCAAGGGUCUCAUGCCCAACCCUCGACGUGGCACCGUUGUGCCGUCGGACAGCAGAAAGUCGAUCCUCGAUGCCAUCCGCGAAUCCAAGGGCGCCAUGGACUGGCGAUCCGACAAGGUCGGCGUCAUCCGCGGUGCGGUAGGCCGUCUCAACUUUGAAAAGGACGACCUGAGGAAGAACGUGACGACGCUGCUGGAUGCCAUCAUCCAAAAGGUGCCCACGCUCGGCUCGCAGCAGGCGGCACAGGGUGCAGGUCAGGCAAAGGAAUACACGCAGCGCGACUCGAGGUCGCCAGGCGAACUCAAAAAGGCCGCCAACAUCAUCAAGCAGGUCCACCUCAGCUCCACCCAGGGUCCAGGCAUCAAACUCGACCUCCGCGACGUCCUGGCCUGA